UCCUGAAAGAUCCGUUUAAUGCACCUUGGCCCGGAACGUUCUGCGUGGUGUUUUGUUUCCGUCCAGACACGUUUGACUGUACCACGGCGCAAAAAUAAAACAAUUUCGUGCUCUUGUAGCUAUGUAUCGUUGUAUGUCAAGCUUAUUUCGAGUAAAUGGAAGGAUAUGCUUCACAAACCAGUUAUGCACCCAAAGACUACUGAGGACCACGGAAAAGAACUGCUGUCUAUGUCAGUGCACUCAUUUCAGCUCAGCUAGACCACUGAAAUUCCUAAGACACAAUCUGCAGCCCAUCUGCACACAUCAGGCAGUGUUACAACGGUGCAUGAGCUCAAGUGUACACAGAAGAAGUUUGCCAAAUGCUUUUCCAGUAGUAGAUGGUGUAUGCCAGCUUAUUCACAGACAUGUAUUUGAAGCAAAUUUACAGAACAGCCAGUCAUGUCAGCAAAGGUAUCUAGAGCUUAGGGAGAAAGUGUUAAAGGCAGGUGGGGAAAAUGCCAUCGCCCGACAUACACAGAGAAACAAGAAGGUUCUAGUCAGAGACAGACUCCACAUGCUGUUGGAUGAUGAUGAUUAUGUAGAACUGUCUUCCUUUGCUGGACUCGGUUUACCCUAUGGAGACAUCCCAUCAGCCGGCUGUCUUACAGGUAUUGGUAAAAUAAAUGGGCUGUGGUGUGUGUUCAUUGCUAAUGAUGCCACGGUGAAAGGAGGCACAGCAUACCCUAUUACAGUAAAGAAACAGCUUCGAGCUCAGGAAGUGGCCAUGCAGAAUCGGCUCCCCUGUGUGUACUUGGUUGACAGUGGUGGUGCAUUUUUACCUCUUCAGUCAGAUAUAUUUCCUGAUAAGAACCAUGGUGGUCGUGUUUUUUACAAUGAAGCUAUAAUGUCAGCAAUGAAGAUUCCACAGGUGGCAGUGGUCUGUGGGUCAUGCACUGCUGGCGGAGCCUAUGUCCCCACUAUGGCAGAGGAAGCUGUCAUUGUGCACAGGAUAGGAACCAUAUUUUUAGGUGGCCCUCCGUUAGUUAAAGCUGCUACAGGUGAAGAAGUGACUCCUGAGGAUCUUGGAGGGGCCAAGUUGCACUCAGAGGUGAGUGGCUGCGUUGAUCAUUAUGCUGCUGUGGAGAGUGAGGCAUAUGAGUGCACCAGGAACAUCAUCUCCACUCUAAACUUUGAGCUCCCAGAGGAGGACAACGCUGAGAUGGAGGAGCCCCUGUAUAAUGCUGAGGAGCUUAUGGGCCUUGCACCAAGGAGCUACAAUUUUAGCAUGGAUGUCAAACUGAUUGUGAGUCGGCUGACUGAUGGCAGUCGGUUCCAGGAGUUUAAGUCUCUCUACGGUACCACUCUUGUGACUGGAUUUGCCAAAAUUGAAGGUCAUUUGGUUGGCAUUGUUGCCAAUAAUGGCAAGCUAACAUAUGAAGCCUGUCUGAAAGGAAGCCAUUUUGUUCAGUUGUGUGAGCAGAGAGACAUCCCACUCAUCUUCCUCCAGAACACAGCACCAGAGCCUUGGCACACUCUCUCCCAAGGCAAGGCAGAGUCCAACACUAUGGUACUCAAAGCUCAGGGAUCCAUGAUGUCUGCAGUGGCCUGUGCAUCUACUCCUAAGAUCACUGUGGUCAUUGGAGGCUGCCAUGGUGGUGACAGCUAUGCCAUGUGUGGACGGGCUUUUGACCCCAAUUUCCUGUUUCUGUGGCCCAAUGCUAGAGUGUCAGUUUUAGCCCCAGGCCAUGCUAGUGGUUUGGUGCAGGAUGAAGAGGAGGCCAUGCACAUUAAUGAGCAGCUGAAAAAAGAGAGCUCAGCGUUCUUCUCAUCAGGCAGACUGUGGGAUGAUGGCGUGAUUCUUCCACAAGACACAAGGAAGGUGUUGGGCAAAUGUUUAAAAAUCAUCAAGCAACAGGAGUACCAGCUGUCUCGAGGAAAGCCAAAAUCCAUCCCUCUUCGAAUGUAACAUCUUUGAACAAAGCAUCUCACUAAAAAUCUUUGGGCUACUUGCAAUCAUGAGGACUUCCCCUGAAAACCAGCAAGGCAGGAGCCAUGUUUUUGAUGUUUUUGCACCUAGAAAAAAUAUAUGAAAAUCAAGUGCCCUCAGCAUGGGAAAGACUUUGUUGACAAAAACCAAUACAAAACAUUAAUUACAGCAGAAUCAUCAAGGUAUCUACUCUUUCAGUAUCAGCAAUAUGAGACUGAUUUUCCACUUGAAUCUUCAGAGGGAAAUGUGACUGGUCUCAAUUAUUACAUUGUUAUCAUCAUUAUCAUGGUUCAUAUCUGUUAAUGAUAUUAUUUUUUGAAAGCUUAAUUCAUAUUAAUCAACUUUCAUCACUUUAAAUUAAAUUUUUUAGCAUCUUCUACCCAAACUAUGGAAUGGAAUGUAAGAUGUUUAUUUGUGUUGUGCAUAUACUGUAUAUGCAGCUAUUUUUUGCACUUGACAGUAUCUGUAGUUAUUCAUAACAAGCUGGCCAGUAACAAAUCGCCUGAAGGCAAAUCACCUCCUCUGUUUAAGGGUGUGUGUGUGUGUGUAUAGACUGCUGUGCUCUCCGGUAAUUGUCUCUGAAAAGAAGCCCUACAAGGGCCAGAGUCCUUAACUCCAGUCCUAAGAACUCACUAAUCUGCACAUGUUUCCUGUAUGGGAAGUAUAAAUGGUUAGUAAGGAAAACUUCAAUUGGUCCAAGGCAGAGGGUCCCCAAGAUGAAUUAAGAAAUCUUGCACUACAGUCUCAGAAAAAAAAGUGCUUCUUAAGGGUUUUUAGAUGGUUAGCUUCCUAAAAGCAUUCAGUGUAGAACCUGCUCAUAAAGGGAAACACUGUUUUAGGGUUCUACAUAAAAUCUUUAAUGGUUCCCACAGAGACACCAACCAAGGAAUGCUGUAACCUUUUUUAACGUGUAGGCACAGCUGUUUAUUUACUUAAUGUAUUGGACAGGUAUGCCUUUUACAAAACAAACUUAAUGAAAAUGACACACUAAAAACGUCAUUCGGUAUCGAACUCUGUAAAACUAUGAUUCUUAGUAAUUGUUGUACAUACUCAGAGGGUUCUUUGUGUUUUUUUGGAUAGCUAAGGAUCAUUGCCUUCCUAAAGGGGUUUACAUGAACCCUUCUCUGAUAGGGAAAACUCAGUAGUAUACAGUAGUUCUCCAGAGAACCUUUUAGUGUUCAACCCUCAGGACGAACCGAAGAAAUAUUAAAGGUGCUAGACUGAACUUUCA